CAAUCAAAGAUAUGUAAUUAUUUUAUAUACGCAUACAUGAAAAUUCGUAAAUGGUAAUUUUUCUUUUUCAUUAAAAAAAAAAAACAUUUUCUAUCGGUUUAUUUCAAGUAUAAAAAUUGAAUUAAAUUUUAAAUAAUAAAAAUAGACAAUUAACAGAAAUUAUCGAAAGUAAAAUUAAAAUUGUCGAAAAUUAUAAUCAAAAAGGUCGUGACCUUAUUCAAUAUAUAUAAAAAGCUAUUUUCGAAUAUAAUGUGUAUAUCAUCAUCAUGGUAUCUUGUGUGUGACAAGUCGUUGAAAUCGAUGAAAAUUCAUCUUUUAUUAUAGAUAAUUUAUAUGAACAUCUAUAGUGACCUAAUUGUAAGAAACAUUUUUUUUUUUGAUAAAUAAUAAUAAUAAUAUAUAAGUGUAUAUAGUGAGAAUUGAAUAGUGAGGAGCGCUUUCAUCUUUUGCCAAAUGCCGACUUUCUGCGGUGCAUUGACAUUUCAAUGAAAAAAAUUCAUUUACAAAUCAUUUUUAUGUACAAAUUUCAUACAUAAUUACGGAAAAUAGAUGGAGUGUACUGAAUACAUAGUUUCAACAUUGUCCUGAGCAAGAUUUGUAGAGAGAAUAAAAAUAAUUAUUUAGAAGGAGAACAUGGAUGAUGCAGUGAUUGAUGUGCUCCAAAGAGCUGGGAAUCAAGAUCCCAAUGUUUUUAAACCUGCGGUGCAAACUUUAAGACAAUGGGAAACACAAAGAGGAUUUUACACUGCAUUAUUCAAUGUAUUUUCAAAUCACGGUCUACAUGUCAAUGUUAGAUGGCUGGCUGUUUUAUAUUUUAAAAAUGGUGUCGACCGAUAUUGGCGCAAAGGUGCUCCUGGUGAAAUAGCUGAGGAUGAAAAAGAAUUUUUACGAAGAGGUUUAAUUUCACGAUUUGAUGAACCUGUCAAUCAACUCGCUAUACAAAUUUCAGUUCUCAUUGCAAAAAUCGCAAGAUUCGAUUGUCCAAAAGUGUGGAAUUCAUUGGUGCCAACAUUAUUGGAAGUAAUACGUGGUCAGGAUCCACUUGCACAACACAGAUCACUUUUAACAUUACAUCAAGUUAUUAAAACAUUAUCAUCGAAACGAUUGAUAUUUGAUCGAAUUCUCUUUCAAGAAUUAACCACAAAUGUGUUCAAUUACAUUUUGAAUUUAUGGAAUACGUAUACGGAAUCGUUUCACAUGAUGGUGUCAAAUGGAGGUGAUAUCAAUCAAAUUCAAGAGACAUUGGAAAAGGCAUUGUUAUUAUUGAGAAUAUUGAAAAAAUUAAUUGUCCAUGGAUUUCAUAAGCCCUCUGAAUCACAGGACGCGAUGCUUUUUCUUAAAGUUAUUUUCGAAAAGGCUAAAAUUAGCCUUGAAUGCAGAAAAACACUUCAAUCAAAGGGUAUACAAAUGAUUGUUUGUGACAAAUUUAUAAUUCAAGUUACGAAAAUUUUAUUAGAAGUUUUGGAUAUGCAUCCAUUUUGUUAUGUUGAAUUAAUUCCCACGUCUUUGGAAUUUUCGGUAUUCUAUUGUUUUACCGAAGCUGGACAGAGUCUUGCAUUUGAGAGAUUUAUUAUUCAGUCUUUAAAUUUAAUGAAGUCUAUUUUACUUGCCAAGGAUUAUAGAAUAGGAAAAACUUUCGAUGACACGAAAAAUCCAUUAAUGUUACGAGCAUAUCAAUUGAAACAAGAAUUUUUUACCGCCGAGACAUUAAAUGAAAUUUGCAAAAGACUCGUAACGCAUUAUUUUCUAUUAACGCCGGCUGAUCUCGAACUUUGGGAUUCUGAUCCUGAAAAUUUUGUUUUGGAUGAUGGAGGCGAGUCUUGGAAAUAUAGCUUGAGGCCCUGUACGGAAUCAUUGUUUAUGACAAUUUUCAAUCAAUUCACAGAAAUUCUCUCUGCAGUUUUGGUAGAUUUAAUGCAGAGACAUCAUCAACUUGUCGAUCCAAAUGAUUUUCAUGCGAUUUUAAUGAAAGACGCAGUUUAUAAUGCCGUUGGUCUUGCUGCUUUUGAUUUAUACGAUGAAGUUAAUUUCGAUCAAUGGUUCUCAACAACGCUCAAAGAGGAAUUAAAAAUAAAGAACAAUAAUUACAGAAUUAUUAGAAGGCGAGUCUGUUGGCUCAUUGGUCGAUGGACAUGUAUAAAAUUGAGCGUGGAAUUAAGACCUGAACUCUAUGGAUUAAUGGUGGAAGCCCUAAGUCCCGAAGAGGAUUUAGGUGUGCGAUUAGCAGCAAAUGACGCCUUAAAACUUGCAAUCGAUGAUUUUCAAUUUAAUACUGAGGAUUUUUCACCUUUCUUAGAACCGGCGUUUUCGCUAUUAUUCGCCCUUCUCAAGGAAGUUAAUGAAUGCGACACAAAGAUGCGAGUACUCUACGUUCUUUCUUUCAUGAUUGAGAGAGUCGGAAGUGGAAUAAAGCCCCAUAUUUCCGCAUUAAGCGGAUAUCUUCCCGAACUUUGGCAACAAUCAGAGGAUCAUAAUAUGUUACGUUGUGCGAUUGUCUCAACUCUUGUUCAUUUGGAAAAGGCCAUGGGAUCGGAAAGUAAUGUCCUGGAGCCAUUUGUCGUUGGAGCAAUUGCCCUAAGUUGUGAUGUUAAUCAAGAAGGACAUGUUUAUUUAUUACAAGAUGGCCUCGAUCUUUGGUUGGCUCUUGUUGAAAAUGCUCCAAAUCUAACGUCAAAUAUUAUGGGCCUUUUUCAAAAUAUGCCAUCACUUCUAGAAAUGUCAUCGGAAUAUUUGAUAUCAUGUUUGUAUAUAAUACAAGGAUAUGUAUUCUUAAGUCCACAAGAAUUUUUGCGAGAAAAUGGUCCAGUGAUAAUGGAGACAUUGCGAUCAAUUCUUGGAGAUUUGAGAUCAGAGGGAACUUUGGCAAUUAUGCGACUUCUUGAAGCUUGUCUCAAAGCAUCGCCGCAACAAGCUACGCACGCCAUAAAACCUCUACUUCCACGAAUAUUCGAUGGCGUUUACAAGGGCGAAGAAUAUCCUCAAGUUAUGAGCAUGUAUCUUUCCAUUAUGGCUCGUAUUUUUCUCAAUUCACGUGACUUAUUUGUUGAAGUAAUAAAAGAAUUAUCGAGACAAAUUGGCGGCGAUGCAAAUGAAGAAAAAGUACUUGGACAAAUAAUAAAAGUUUGGAUAAAUAAAAUGCAACUUGUGCAUCAACGUGAUCAACAAAAAUUAUUGGCUAUCGUUCUUUGUUCACUUCUUGAUGCGAGCAGUCCUCAAAGUGUACUUCAAUAUUUUCCACAAAUGUUGACAAAUAUUGUCUAUACUUUGAAUGAUAUUACAAAAAUGGACGACAUGAAUUCUCCUAUAGAUUCAUUGAUUUCCGAUGACGAACGUAGUCCCUCGCAAUAUGAAGACACUGAUUAUGAAACUGAACAUGCGAAACGAAGAAAAGAAAUAGAAUUAAAUGACGUUAUACACAAAGUACCAUUGAAAAAUUUUCUUCAAACGCAGCUAACUUCCUUAAGAAGAGUAGUUGGUGUUAAUCAAUUUGAUCAAAUGAUGCACUCGGUUAGUACGGAUGUAUAUAAACAACUCAAGGAGUACAUAUCUCUUUAACCGUAUGUUAAGAAAAUAAAUUUAAAAAAAAAAGAAAAGUGGUAAAUAUUAUUCAACUGAUCAUUUCAUAUUAUGUAAAAAGCUUUACGUACUCCAUUGUAAAACGGUCCUAUUUUACUGUAUUAUACUUCUUCUUUAAUUGUACCGAUAAUGUUCAUAAUAAAAAAAAAAUGAAUUUAAA